AUGUCGCUCACCUUUCUUUUCUUUUUUCUAUUCACGCACUUUUUUAACAUUUUACUUCGAUUCCGACUUGUACUCACCUCUUUUCAUCAUGACCUCUUCCUACGUAUUUUUACUUCUAAUUUUGAUUCUCUACGCUACCGUCUGGAGAUCUGUGCUAACUUCUUCUCCUACAGUGCCAAAGAUCUGGAUACUAGUUUCCCUGCGCUACACUUCUGUCCGAAGAACAAGAUCCAGUUGCAAGCUGGAUCCGUGCGAAAAGACAGCUGAUACAGGUAGAACGCCAGUUAGUUGCAGUGGCGGAUGAAGGCUGACGAUGUUCAUCUGCGGUAGCAAAAAUCAAUACAAGAUCAAGAACCAGAUCCCCAAGCUUUCACAAGGCGAGUACAGCUGUACCAGAUCCACAUCCACCGGCAUUACCAUGGUCCCCCGAAGGCAGGCUUGUUUGAAUCGGAAAAAAAAAAUAAAGAUCGCAAAAUAAAAUAAAGAAAGCUCUGCGACAAAUCCGCAAGGAUGAGCAUUAAGAAAGGGUUAAUAGGGUUUAGGGGCAAGGCAACUGGGCGACGCUGGGUGUAACUUCGUGUUUUCCAGUGUUUCCUGGUGGCGUUUGCGUGCCAUCGCUUAAGCCUCGGCUACGCUGAUGUUGACAGGAAGGGAGAGCAGAGGAGGCUCUCUUAGGACCUGCCAGUUUUGUGGAUCCUGUUGGACACGAGGAAGGGCAAGCAGAGGCGGCUUGUUUUGGACCUCGUGGCUGCGCGGAGGUUGGUAGAACUAGCACGGAAGAGGAGGUAGUGCUAGUCCCGCCUGAAGCCAAGGACUAAGAGCAUCCCGGUGCAAUUUUUCUGAGGCAACUCCCCAGUCUUGGCUGUUCGACAUCAAAGCGGGUGUUUUUUAGUCAAGUUCUGGUGGAAAAUUGUUGAAACACAGCUUGCCUGCCACUUACUCUCAGGAACUCAGAUAGCACGUACAACAGUCACUCGCUCGCCUAAAGAAGCGAGCACACAGUUGAUUUUACACAUUAACGACGCACCCAAAAUUAAUUAACUAUUUAGUGGCAGUAACAUCAACAACACGAAAAAACAUCUUGUUUCUGUAUCUGUACUACUAAAGCCCCCUCUUACUGAAGUAUUUUCCUGCGUCUCACCCCUUUCAAAAACCGUAUUUGAUGAAGGCACCAGCAUCACACGGAGCGCACAACUACUACGACACGCGGUCGUGAGCAAAGUUAUGAAGGACGAAGUCUCCCACUUCUUGACCCCUUAUCUAAUUACAGAGUCCUUUCUUUUACGACUAAACAAGAAAACAUCUCCGGUUGCUGGUGUCUGAUGAAUGAAGAAGAUAAAGAACGCGUUUGAAGAACAUCAUAUCAUUAUCAUAUCAAAAGAAUUCGCUACGACACACAGAGGUGAGGCU